AGACGGACGCGAGACAGUUGAUGCUUGACAACCGUGGUAGUAGCGCGACGCGCGUUCCGGGGACACGGUCCGUGCGCCGCCGGUCGUCGGUUUCCAUUCAACCCGCCGUCAUCCGAGGCGUCGCGUCCGCUUCUGCUCGAUAACCCGUUCGGCCGUCGUCGGCGUUUGGCGACAACGCGUUUGCACCCCUAUCGUUCGUGCCGGUCGCAGUUCGCCCCGACGUUCUCGUCCGCGGAUCAACAUCCAACACCGUCGGGGGCGCGUACCCUGCUGCUGAUGCACGUCGUUCCGGAGGAUCGUCGCCGCUGAUAGGCGGAGAAAAAAAAAAAAAAACAACCAAAACCAAUUUGAAGAUGGUUACUGUACGAGCUCCUUCUUUUGUAGUCCGGCGCGUAUGCAUCUUCAUUUUCCUAGGAAUUAUGGGUUAUUCGAUUUUUCAAAUGACUCGUAACAAUUCAUACUAUGACAUGUCAGAUAGAAAAAUUAUGCUAAAACAAAUCGAACUUGAAAUAAUUAAAUCAUCAAACGAUCAAGAACCUAUUAAAAAUUUGAAAAACGAAAACUAUAUAGCAUGUCCUCAUCCUAUUUUGGACCCAUUUGACCCAGUAAUGAUGAGCUUUAUGAAAAAUGAACCUCCUUUGGUUUGCGCUGAAGAGGAGGAUUGGGUCAAUAUCAAAGGAAAUAUAGCGCGUAUAACUGAUAAGGCGCUUAAGAAGUAUGGAGAUAUUCAGUGCAAAUUUAUGGAUGUUUUGAGAGCCAAUGAAUUCUCUACAUCGGUUGGAGUUGUGACAACAACUCACACAGAAUAUAAUUUAGAAACUUCAGAUUUUUUUAGGGUUUACUGUGAAUCAGAAAAUAGUCAACAUAGCUGGGAAAGUCGAAUGGCAGGUAUACGUUUUGAUGAAGAUGUUAUAAACAGAGCUGGAUGGGAUCGUGUACCAAAAGACGGAUUAGGCCUUAAUGUAUUAAUGUUAGGGCUGGAUUCUUUGUCUAAUAUGAUGGUACAAAGAAAACUUCCUAAAGUAUAUUCCAAAAUUAAGUCUAUGGGAGCACACAUAUUAGAAGGUUACAAUAUUGUCGGUGACGGCACUCCGCAAGCAUUAAUUCCUAUAUUGACAGGGCGAACGGAAUUGGAACUUCCAGAUACAAGGAAACGUAUGGGAAACAAAGCAUCGUAUGUGGAUGUAUAUCCGUUUAUUUGGAACGAGUUUCAAAAACAUGGUUACGUCACAGGUUUUGCUGAAGAUGUUGCUGAUGUGGGAACUUUUACAUACAGGCUGAAGGGAUUUGAUCAACAACCGACCGAUCAUUAUUUACGGACAUACUACGUAGAUGCGUCACCAAUGUUUAACCAACAAAAGCCCUUUUGUUAUGGUUCGCUGCCCAGACACCAGAUAAUGUUAAAUUACAUCAAAGACAUGUUCCGGGUGUAUGAAGAUAAACCAAAGUUCAUGUUCGCGUUCCAUGGGGAAUUAUCGCACGACUACGCGAACAAAGUGGCUGUCGCGGAAAAUGAUCUAGUCGAAUGGCUGGAAUGGUUCCAGAAAUCCGGUUACCUGAACAAUACUAUGUUGGUCCUCAUGAGUGACCAUGGUCAGAGGUUUGCUUCGGUGCGCGAUACGCAACAGGGUAAACUGGAAGAACGGAUGCCAUUCUUCUCUUUCUUGCUGCCCAAGUGGUUCGAAAGAAAGUACCCCAGAAUGGCAUCGAAUAUGCGGAACAACACCAAACGGUUGACUACCCCAUUUGACAUCUACUCUACUUUGAUGAGCGUUUUGCACAGAGAUGGGCCAAAGGCUAACGACGUCAACAAACGUUCCAUAUCGCUAUUCAACGAGGUACCGUUGGAGAGAACGUGUAGAGAUGCUUACAUCGAACCUCACUGGUGCGCUUGUCUUAAGUGGCAACCAAUCAAUGUGAAGAGUUCAUUGGCUGUUGAAGCGGCCGCAUAUUUUGUACAUUUCCUCAACAGGUAUAAUGCACAGUACACUAAUCUCUGUGCUUCCAUGAAAAUUAAGAAGAUAGAAUGGGCCACUAAAAUGGCUCCUAAUGAAGGAUUGCUGAAAUUCCAUGCGGCUGCAGACACCGACGGAUUUGUACCAGAUAUGUCAUCCAAUACUCAAGUCACUAAAAUCUAUUUGCAACUCAAAGUGAUUACUUGGCCAGCAAAUGCCAUUUUCGAAUUUUCUUGUCAAUAUAACAGUAAUACCAACCAGUAUAUUGUUUAUGAAAAAGAUAUAAGCAGAAUUAAUAAAUAUGGUAACCAAGGUUGGUGCAUUGGAAAAUCUCAACCACAACUUAAUAAGUAUUGUUACUGUAAACAACAAAAUUGAAAUGGCCUAAUAUUUAUAAUAAUUUUUGUUACAAUAGUAUUAGUACCUGGAUUUAGUACUUUAUACAUUUCCAUAUUGGUUUAUGGGACUCAUUCCAUGUGCACCGAAGUAAUAUUGUAUAAUAGUUUAAAAUACAAUGGUAAUCGAU